AUGGUGACACGUGUGACUGAGAGAGAUUUCAUCAUUCUUCACAAUGAUAUUACUGAAAAACACCGAGUCGAUCAUGUGCUGUGGAUGUUUGGGUCUCCAAAUAUUCACACCCCUGAAGUCUAUGAAAGGAUCAUCUCUACCUCAGACAGUUAUGAGGGGUUUAAGGACAAGGAGAGCAGAUCACACAUUAUCUGGAGCUUCAGCGACACAUACGCGGCCACUCAAACUCAACGACAGUUCAUUUCCAGAUCCUAUGUAAGAGUUGAAAAGAAUGGUUUAGUGAUGGAGGGAGAAUGCGUGAUAUUUUUCCCCAAUGCUACUGAAAUACAAAGCGAUGAUCUGAUACAGUGGAGGUCUGCAGAUGGAGAUCAUCUAUGUAAAGCUAACAACAAUGAAAAGAAAAUGAUUGAAUGUGAUGAGAGGUUCAGAGACAGAUUUCAGCUUGAUUGUCAGACAGGAUCUCUCACCAUCAGGAAAAUCAGCACAAAAGACCCUGGACGUUAUGAAUUUACCAUCAUCAGAAAUGGACAUUUAGAAACAUUCAAGCGUUUUAGUGUUAAAGUCUAUGCUCCUCUUCCCAUUCCUGUCAUCACCAGUAACUCUUCAAACUGUUCUUCUUCUUCAUCAUCAUCUGGACAUUCAUCGGUGUCCAAUUGUUCACUGCUGUGUUCAGCUGUGAAUGUGAGUGAUGUGACUCUCUCCUGGUACAAAGGAAACAGUUUAUUGUCCAGCAUCAGUGAGUCUGAUCUCAGCAUCAGUCUCUCUCUACCUCUGGAGGUAGAAUAUCAGGAUAAAAACAGCUACAGCUGUGUGCUCAACAAUCCCAUCAGCAACCAGACCAAACAUCUGGACAUCAGUCAACUCUGUCAGCCAUGUCCAGAACUCCCACAUUCAUUAGUAUCUUCAAUAUUAUUAUAUAUAACCCCUAUUUUGGUGGUUUUGGUCAUAACUGCAGUUGUGGUGAUUUAUUGCACAAUGAACUCCAGACGAGCAAGACAAGAAG